AUGAACAAAUUAUACAUCGGUAAUUUGCCGUAUGAAGUUGACGAGGCAGCUGUACGACAAUUGUUUGCUGAACAAAAUUUGACUGUUGCUGAAAUUUCGGUGAAACGAGGUGGCUACGCAUUCGUGGAUUUCCCUGACCAAUCUGCAGCCGAUCGAGCCAUCGAUAAACUACACGGGUACUCAUUUUGCGGGCUCCCAUUGAUCGUUGAACCUUCAGUAGCAAACAAGAAAAUGGUUAAUGUACCCAACCUUGAGAGAUCGAGUGCCGCCCAGCUCAACGAAGGCAGCAACGGCUCGCCAUCAGGAGGAUGGAGGAAGAUGUCGUUCGUGCAUUAUAAUCUCCAGGUCGCGGCCACCAAUUUAGGACAGUGGUUCAGGAAGUAG